GGACCUACUAGCCUUCGCCGCAGUGCACUUGAAAUCAGUCUCAGUGCAGGUCGUGACGCGUUCGGUAGAUCAGGACGGGAAGCUGGCUGGCCAGAAUCCAACUUUGGCCCAGAUUUUGGAGGAGUUUGGAUUAAAAAAAUAGGAAGCAAAAUCUGAUCGGUUGGUGUCCGUUACGCGCUCGCGUGGUUUGCGGAGGGGGUCCGUGACACCCCGUGAAAUCGUGACUUGCGUGAGAUUCUGUGAUUUUUGAUAACGGUUCCUGCCCAGUCGCGUAGUGUGUUCUUCGGAUUGCCUGCCAGUUGGGGGUCACGGCAUGAGGCCUAAUUAGCCCCCCGCCAUUCAACAGUGACGAAGAGAGAAGGUCGUUGAUGAAGAAUUCGCUGGAAAAGGUCGGGGCCCAUCUGUACGUGACCGUGUCUGUGUGAAGAAGGCGUUCGAGUGCCCUCGCCGUCAGUGAAGAUUGAAAUUAACCGAAGGAAGAGGUUCGAGGCUCAAGUGUUCAACCCCGAUUUAAGGGCGAAGAUGCCGCUCUUCGUCUGCUGCUUCUCUCGUCAAGAAAGCUUUAAGUGCUUUUAAUACCAGUGAUUAGAUGUGUAACACUCAUCCAAAAUUUAAAUAUAUGUAUAUUCCCUGCUUUCGCCCGCGGGCAAGGAAAAGUUGGUGACGUCGUGAGAUUUUCCGGAUUUUCCACGCGCGGAAAAUUCCUCCCGAAAAGCUAAAAGUCUAAUAUUUACCGUCACUCCCCCCAUUUCUUUUACGACAAGUGUGUACGACGAAGGUUUAAUUAAUUAGAGCUUCCUCGUAAGUGUGUCAGUGAAUGUAAGUGUGUGUCUGUGUUAGUUAAGUUAGUUGAUGACAAGUGAGUGUUUUUAGUGGGGAAGGGCCGUCACGUAGUACGAGGCUCUGAUUAUUUGGAUUACCAAGGAGGAUCAAAAGCUGCUGAACCUUCCAACUUUCGUGACCCCACGAGCACGAAGUCAGUUGGAAGUCAAAGCAGCGAGCUUUUCUCGAGAAGCUCCAUCCUCCUCGUCCCGCUUCAGCAGCAGUAGCCCAAACAGCCUCUUCAAACAGCACAGAUUUCUGCCAGCAUAACUAGAACCAGUUUUAAGCUGUCUACACUUUAAACAAAAAAAAGUGGAAAAAAAAGUUUAAUUUCUGUGUUAAAGUCAGCUCAGUCCAAACGCAACAAUGGCUGCCACGUUGAGAUCCGGAGGCUUGCACCACGCGUCCUCGCUGGGAAACAUUCAAGUGUCCUCGUCACAGUCAAACACAAAUCUAGCGGCGCGGAGUUACGAUUCUGAGGAUGAAAACAUGGGCAGAAAAAAGGGACGGCCGACGUUCGAUACGGGGCCCGGCUCGAGAGCACCCGUCUACUCCAAGGGGGAUAUCCGCGAACAGUACUGCCUGACGGACAGGCAGCUCAGCUCGAUAGAGCAGCCACGGCGGGAGCGCUUUUUUGGGUGCUGGUCCGGCCGAAAUGCCCCGCAGUCGUUUUUGGGCGUGUGCGUGGGUCGGAGGGCACCCUCCGACGAGAACCUCACAGACUAUGCGCCCAUGCAGCGGUAUCCAAGGUACAUCAACCCGGGUCCCAUCACCAAGUCCAUCCUGCAGCAGUACGACGACGAGCUGGACAAUCCGUACUUCCGACGAAAACCGACCUCGUUUUUGGCGGGGAGUGGAGGCGCCGGAGGUGGAGGUGGUCCGGCCAUGGUCACCGGCAGUAGUGCGACACUGCCCGGCACGGGGAUCGGAGCUGGGGCCGGUGGGGACUCCCGGAGAUGCACCUGGAUGCCGAUGGAUGACGAUGCCGUCCGGAUAGAGGGACCAAGGCUUCUCUCGCUCUCUAUUUCGCCUAUCUCUGUGGCACCCUUUCUUUCGCCCCAACCUAGGGCACCUUCGAGUCAGCAACGGGGCCACCACCAGCCUCUCCAGCAGCAGCGGUCGGCCGAACUGCUGGUGGACCCCCGACCGAGUCCCGGAAGUGGUGAUGGCGGUAGUCGACCCACUUCCCCCUUUGUGCUAACCCCGUUGGCGUACCCCUCGGCCAAGGCGGCGGCCUAUUUGAGCAGCAGCAGUGAUCAGCUUGCGAUUCCGGGACUGUACCGAUGUCCAGCGCACUCGGAUCUUCCGCCGGCGCCGCCCCCGCCGCCACCACCCAACAUUGGCCUUAUCGAUGGCAUCGCAGGCGGACCGCCAAGAACCAAACACGUCAGCUUCGCCCGCUCCUACACGCUAACCUCGUUCGACGAAGCCAUGGGCGGGAGACCCCUGUCCCGGCUGGCCGCGGCCCGCAGCCAAGAAAGACUGAUCGGUGGUAAGAAGCCUACCAUCACGCUGUCAACGCAGCAACUUCCAGCCACCGCCCAGUUCGGGGGCACUCCUCUGCACUCAAUCCUCCAGCAACCCACGCACCAGCAGCAGCAGCAACAACAACAACCGGGAAUCCUUCAGCAACCGCCGACAGUCCACCAACAGCACAUGCACGUCCAUCAGCAACACCUGCAGCACCACCUUCACCAGCAGCAGCAACAACAACUCCUCAGCCAGCAACACCAGCAUCAACACCACCAUCAACUCCAUCAACACCAGCAGCAACCACAACAGCUACCUCCCGGCAGUGGAGUCCUGCUGACGCCGGCCGCCAUCGGAGUGGGAGUUGGACCCGGCGUUGGACUUUUGUCCCAGCAGCAACAACAACAUCUCCAGCAACAACAGCAACUCCAGCAGCAGCAGCAGCAGCAGCAGGAAGUCCUGGUGGUGGAGAAACACAAACGAAGUGCCAUGAAAACGCAAGCCACCCAAACCGAGGUCCAUCUGGGUGGGAAAAAGGGCCAAACCGGCCAGGCGGCACACCACCUGUCGCUGAGUCCGCGGACGAUUCACAGGGUGAAAAUGGUUUCGCAGGGAGCGCAAACGAACGGAGGGCUCAACGGUGCCAGCAACGGAGCCGGCGGUCGCAAGCUGACGAAAAGCCUUUCCGAAGCGGCGGACCGGUUGCAGGAGAACGGAAUCGAUGGCAUGCCCCUCGGCGGGGUGGAGGAGCCGAAGACUCCCACCGAGCACGAGCAUCUCCAUCGAACGCAGUCAGAGGAGCCACCGAAAUCACCCUUCACCAUCACCUCACCGCCCUCAUCCACCAAAUCAUCGUCGCAACUUCAACAACACCAACAGUAUCAGCAAUACCAUCCCCAACACCAGCAACACCACUUUGAACUGCCUACGUCGCGGGCCUCGUCCCAGAUGACCUGCCACUCGGAAACCUCACGGAGUGGGGACGGAUAUCCGGCGGAUCGGGUCAUGACGCACUCGCGGAACCACUCGCAGGACAGUGCGACCUCGUACAGGUCGACGGACGGGUCGAGGACGUCGUACGAGGCACCGUCGUAUCCGUACGAGAUGUACGACAGCAUUGUGAUCCCGAGGAGGGCGAGCCACACCCUUUCGAAUGAACCCUUCCAGGUGUUGCGGCGGGACAUUGAGCAGGUUCACCACCAUGGGGGAGGUCAUGAAAAUGGCAGUGGUUACCAGGUGUUUGAGACGCACAGUUUGCCGCGGAGGACGUGCAUCCAUCACAAGCCGGAAGAAUUUCACACUCAUACAUUGCCACGUCGCGAUCAUCACUCCACCCACCAUCACCAUGAGAUCAUCUUCAAGGAUCAGCUCAAAAUGCCACCGCAGGAGGUGCUCAUCCCGAACGGGAGCGGUGGCAUUAACCAACCGAAUGUUCGUUCCUUUGACAGCAACAGUCUGAACCGGCGAAUGUCGUCGGCCCACGCGUCCCAGGACAAGCAGAACCAGCCAGGUCGAAGGGCGUCGUACGCGUACGUGAACCCCGCAGACACCCACUCGCUGACGCGGAGGAACUCCAUCACCCACCAACAGGUCCAGAUGGUCCAGCCGAUGAUCCAAGCCCAACGCCAACAGCAGCAGCAACUCCAACAACCCGCCCCUCAACCAGUGUUCCAACCUCUGAUCAAACCUCAACCGCCAAUCUUCUCAACCCCUUCCCAUCCCCCACCCUCCUGCCCCAUAACACCACCAAACAUCCAACCCCUGGACAUGCAGGACGACACCAAGUCCUCCUCGGACGAAUCCUGCUCGACCUGCGAAUCCGAAAGCGAAAAAGAAGACGACAAACACGAAGAAAAGGAAAUCUUCAUCGACUUCAAACCUCGCGUCUCACCCAUCCCGUCACCAAGCACCCUCAAAAAGAAGAAACUUCAAAAGACCCUCUCCGAAGGAGAAAUCCUACUCGAUCGCAGCAAACCAACCAAACCAACCGCCGCCAGCCAAGAGCACCUGCAAUCCCCGCCAGAAACCCCCCAGCAGCAAGACUCCAACCUGCAGUUCAGCGAAACCCCCAUCAAAGACGAGGGCGCCUUUCUCGGCAGUCCAACGAGCUCAACCGAACUGCGCAAGGAAUCGUUCCGGAAGCGAUCGGUAAGCCUGGACGAGCCAACGAGUACCGAGUACGAGGAGGACGAAGGCCAGGAGAAGGGACUGCUGGAGGAGUUGGAGGCGGACGGGAAGGACGACAAGAUGGUAACGGCACCGCCGUCACCGUCCCGCGAGGAGCGGCUUUCGAUCAAGUCCCACUCGCCGUUUCACUCGUCGGAGUCGCUCGCGACGAGGGAUAACUCGGACGGGAUUUGGAACGAGUCGCAGGCGACGAUUAUGACCACGAGCCUAACGGAAAACGGGAAGCUGACACCGACGUCGAAGAGGAAAAACCUCUUGCUUCAGCACCAGCAGCGCAGCUCCAUGGACACCGAUGCGCUGGAUAUGGAGGAUAUCGCUGAUCAGCCCCUUCCGCCACUUCCGGUCGCCAUCAUCCCGUCCGGCGCAUCCCUCCAGGGCGUCUCCAUCACGACGCAAACCGGUGUCAUCCCGUCGUUGGCAACCGGGCCGGUGACGUCCCCUAGUGGUCCGAUGCCGACGGCCACCGUCAAACCGACCCCCUCGAUUGCCGUCAUUCCGUCGCUAAGCAUCGAACGCGAAGAGCGAGACCUGAAGAUGAAGCAGAAAACGGCCACCCUGAGACGACCCUCGAGGCCACUGUCGCCGUCGAAGCGCAGGGGCAGCGACCAGAAGAAGCUGCCGAAGGUUGAGCCGCUCAUUCAUCGCUCCCCGGAAACCACCGACCGCACUGUGCCAACUUUCAAGGAUCAAACCCCCCAACUAACCUCCCCAACUACACCUCUGAUACCUCACCAUCAGCCGCCAGACCUCGUCCCCAGCAAACCCUCAAACGGCACAGCUAUCCCACCCGCGGGAACUGCCGUCCCACCACCCUCAGUUGCGUCCUCCCGCACCACCCCCGCACCGGCCUCUGUCGUUUCACCCCGCUUCGAGCACGCCAAGCUUAAGGGUCUCGACGAGCGGGACCUGCUCGGGGACGGUGCUGGGUCGGAGGGCAGCACUACCGAGGAUUACAACACGUGUACGGACAACUCGCGGCGGACGAAUACCGCCGGUUCCGGGGGUGGAUCGGGACCGGGUGCAGGAUCGGGAGCAGGAGAAGGAGGAGCAACAGGCAAAGGUAUAUACAAAAGCACCCACGCCAUUAGACCAACCACCAAACAAGUAACAGCCCACGUAACACUGGAAGGAUCCUCCUUCGAGAGUGCCUCCUCCAUGUACAGCUUGGCCCGCGUGGACGCCAUCUGCGAGGACACUCCCCCGAUCGAGGAGCGAGGUUCCUCCUCCGGAAUCCCCCAGAUCCCACCCCUGCCAAAGCCCUCGCCAGCGCACUCGGUCAGUAGCAGCAGCAGCGAAAGCUUCAAGCGGACUUCUUCGGCCGCCGCCACAGCCACCUCCAUCAAGAAGACCUCACCAUCGCGACCAACUAUACCGAAGAUACUGCCAGGAAAGGUUAAGGUAAAGCCGGAAUCGAUUUCCGACGACGAACGGAGCGAGAAGCGGUACUCUUCGUCGCACGACGAGAAGGACCUGAAGGGAAGUUUGGCUAGGCCUGGACGGCGGGGUCGGGACUGGAACGAGGAGGAGCGUCGGAGGAAAAAGAGUACUUUUAAGCUGGAGUUUGACAAGGAUUCGAUUAAGACUUACACGACGCCGAUGUUGAGGCAGCCCAGUCCGGGGUUUAAGAAGCUGUCGCCGGAGGAUAAGGGAGCGAUGAACGUGUUGGACGGGACGAGUCCUAGUAGCAAGCAGAAGCGAUUUCGGCCUAAGACUAGAAAGUCACCACGAUCGCGGACGGCAACUGGGGAUGAAGCUGGCACUCCUAUGCGGCGAAGCAAGACUCCGUUGAUUCGAAGUCCUGAGAAACCCCAGGGAUCGACGAUCCCAACGCACGUCGUAGUUCCCAAGUUGAGUCCGGCGCAGUACUACUCCCAGCUGAAGAGUCCUCCCGCAACUACGGGAUCUCCUAGAAAGGCGAAAAUCUCCCCCGAUCAACAACGACUGAAAGCGAUCUCGACGGAAUCACUCCGUUCGGUUUCUCCAGGAUCGGAUUCCGUGUUCUACAGCGAAGCGGACGCCCUGUCCCACUCGGAAGCACAAGCGCACUGCCAUCACUGUGGAAAGGAGGUUGCGGAGCAAGCUGGAACCACAACCAGCGUCCCCGGGGAAUCCGAAGAAUCCCUUGGGACGUUGACGCUGGAUUCGACCGACGGUGAUCGACCGGACAUUGUGCAACCUCCGGAGGGUUUCGCCGACUCGCCGGACUGUACCAAGACGCCGCACCACCGCCUGUACAAGAAGAUGGACAAGCGAUUUCGCUCCGAAGAUCGACACGCCGACCGAUCGCGACACUUCAAGUCACGGCAGGAGUACCGAGCGAAGAGCGAAGAACGUAACAAGGAGGAUCCCGAGUCCAGCGGAUCGCUACGACCCGCAGGAUCUUCACCUUGUGUCGCGCCUGUAGCUCCGUACAGCGAACACCAGGUGGAGCCCGAGCAGGGCGUUUACCACGGAAACUAUCGGGCGGGCCUGUGGAUCUGCAUCGCCGAUCGGGACGUUUGGCGACGGAACGAUCUGCCCGGGAGUGGCGGUGAGGGGAGCUUCGAUCGACCUCCACGGGAAGCGGGAGCCGAUCGGCGCGGGUCAACGGAUUCCGAGAAGGAGUUCCGCAAAAAGUACCAAGCCAUCACGCACCGGCUGGUGCACCGCAAGUCCUGCGUCGAGAUGUACCGACGCCAGAACACCAAUAGCUUUGAAACUGACAAAACGGUUGUGGUGAAUCGCAAGUCCGGUGAGUUUGGCUUCCGGAUUCACGGGUCCAAGCCGGUGGUGGUGUCGGCAAUCGAGCCGGACACGCCGGCGGAGAGUUCUGGUUUGGAGGUCGGGGAUAUCGUCCUGUCGGUGAAUACGAUAUCAGUGAUCGAUAAGAGCCACUCGGAGGUGGUGAAGAUCGCUCACGCCGGCAGUGAUACGUUGCAGUUGGAGGUUGCCCGCACAAUCGGUGUCCUGUCACCGCUGGAGGACAGCACGGCUAAUCCGGCAAUCUACGCCGGUUUCCUGUGGCGUCAAUCGACUACAACCCCGGGCAAGUGGGUCCGGCGGUGGUUCUCACUGCGGCCGGAUCACUGCAUGUACUACUACAAGUCGGAGGCGGACAACCAACCGAUCGGAGCGGUGAUCUUGACGAAUCACAAAGUAGAGCGGCUUACAGUGGAGGGUGCUGGACGGCCGUUUGCGUUCGCCGUUGAUACGGAAGAGGGUACCAAGGUUCAGCUGGCGGGAGAUACCGAGGAAGCUGCAAGUCGCUGGAUGGCGAUCAUUGGGCAUGCUGCCCAGCAGAGUGAUCCCUGGUUGGAGAACAGUGCUCGCAACCUGCGGCUUUCGCCCAGUGGGAUCGGCAAGCCGGACUGCAUCGGACCGUUGACGAAGCUGGGCAGCAAGUGGCGAUCGUGGACCAAGCGGUACUGCGUGCUGAAGGAUGCUGUGCUGUACUUCUACCACGAGGCGAACAGUAAAAACGCUUUCGGUAUGGCCUGUCUGCAGGGCUACCGGGUGCAACCGUCGUCCGCUGGCGGUAAGAAGUAUGCCUUCGAGAUUGUUCCGCCAGAGCUGACGCUGCGACACUACUACUUCCACACCGACACCGAGAUGGAUAAGAAGCGCUGGGUCGCCGCCCUGGAAUACUCGAUAGACCGGUGGAUGAAGGCCGGCUGAAAUACGCUGAAACGGUACGAGCAACUCGUAUAGUACACGUUUCACCGCGGUCCCCUCCUCAACAGUCUCCUUGAUGACGAGCAGCACAGCUUUCGUUCCGUUUGAAAGCUGCAUCCCAUUUUUUCCAGUCAGGCCACCGUUUCGACGAGCCGAGAGCACAGAGCCAAAGUACGAGCCAAGCAUUUAUCGAUGUUUCUAGGUAAAUCGAAGAACCUUUUGGGUAUGAUUUUUGUACAGCUGAACGGGUAGCGAACCCGAUGCUCAAUUUACUGUCGUAGUUUGAUUUUUUGGAGAAAUUUUCUUGUUUUGUUGCGAAAAAGACAGAAAUUUAAGAGCAUACCGGAAACUGCAGCCAACGAACUGAAGCAAGUAAGAAAACCCGUUGUUGUAACGAACGAAAAUACGAUAGAAAAAUCAAAAGAAAUUACGCACAUUUUUCGAAAAAAAAACACACACACACGCUUACAAGUUCAAAGCAUCGUAAAUGUAUUGACUAGUAAGGUGGGAACCGGAAAUUCAUAAAAUUCACAGCAAAACAAAAAAAAAACAAACUUAUUAAUAUAUCAAUGUAAUGUAUUCUAAACUAAAAAGCCAGAUCGUCGUCCGCGAAAUGUGUCACAGAGUUGUGAAACUUGGGUGCGGUGCAAAAGAAGUUAGCUCUCAAGCCUGUUGAAUACUUAGAAUAGUGUUUAAAGAAGCUGCAAUGAAUCGAUGUGUACUUAGAACGAGAACGAACCAGAAACAAAAAACCGGAAAAUGUCUUAUGUGAAAGAGUGUAAUUAUUUGAUUAUUUUUUACCUAGCAUAAACAAAAUAAAAAGACAUGAAAAAACGUGCAGUAAGUGUUACGAAUAAGUCCGAGAGUCGCGAAAGAAUCGAUGUUUAGAGCUUUAAACUAAUUUUGUUGAAAAAAAUAAAAAAAGAAGCAAAGAAAAAGCUGGAACAGUGUUUAUCUAAAUGUUGGAAGUAAGGUCGAGAACAAACCGCAAGUUUGAGCAAAAGUUUGUUUCUACGUCAUCGAAGAAUUAUAAAAAGUUAGAAAAUCAUAUCAAAUUUAUUAGAAUAGAGCUACAUGUUAAAUGUCAAACUUUGGAAUGAUAUAUUUUGGGGCUGAUGGUUGAAUCAUUCUAAAGUUUGACAAUUUCAUCUUUUCAAAUCAUAAUAAUCGUACGAAACUUUGCAAAAAAGUAAAUAGAAUAUGCGAUUUGGUUUCUUUUACAGGAUUGAGUUUUGGAAAAAAAAUCAAUUAAAUUUAAUUUCAUGUUUAAAAAGUUGCUAAUUUUCUUUAACAUUUUGAAAAAGAUGUGAUUGUAAUUUAUUUAUUUCAAAAAUUCAAAUAUACUUAUGCAUUCAUUUGAAAUUUAAUUCUUUCGCUAAAAACAAAUCUUAUUAAAAAUCUCAUAAACCAUAGUCCAGCAAUUGAAAAGUACCCCAACUUUCAUCAGUAUUUGCCAAAAAUUUCACGAUAAAGUUAUUUUUAGACUGAUAUCGAUACGGGUUUAUUCGAAACUAGAAGCCAAGAACAAACACGAACAAAAAAAACUCACCAACAUACAUGGAGCUAAAUGCCAUCGAUGCAUCGCUUACCAUUAGAAACUAUUUUGUAUUUAAACUAAUUGUCAAAAAGUUCGACGAAAGUUGGGACACUUUUCGAUCGCUGAAGAGGACGCAUUAAAUAAAAAAAAUGAUAAAGAAAUAAAGUGCUUUUGGUCAUCGUGACAACUAAUUUUUGAGUAGAGUAAAAAACAAACCUUUCACCUUUCCCAUCCCCUCGCUAUAGACAGGAUAUUCAGAGGAUUCUAUCUUUUUCUGGAACUUUCACAACGCAAGAAUUCAAACUCAUUAUCGCACCAGGAACCGAUCGACAAUAAAAUGUCUGUUAAAAAAUUUCCACGUGCUUUUCAGCAAACCAUUUCACAAACUGUUUUCACUGUGCAAACAAUAAAGCAAGCAGAAUCUUCUGAAUCAGGUUUCCAACCAGAACCCCAACGGCGGCAAUUUUUAAGCAGAAGAUCCUACCUCCAAAACUCACAAUUUUCCCCCAUUUCCCCCCCGUAAGAAGUGGAUCUGUUGAAAACACCACUGACGAGAGCCAAAUAAAGUCGUAGAACGAAUGACCUUAACAAAAUCUGGUAAAUAAAAACGUUGAAUCGAUAAACUAAAUUUAAAAAGAGUAGCUAAACGUUGCGAUUAAAAUGAUUUUUUUAAAAAAAGAAGGCGUCGAAAAUCUAAUAUGUAAACUAUUUGAGAUAAUUAUAGCAUAGUUCAAGUUUUAUAGAAAGUAUAUACCGUCAGAAUAGAGAAAAAAAGUGAAGCUAAAGCUAGAGCAAAUGUUCCAUUGUAAAUGAGCGUUCUGGCAAGAGCAUUUACUAGUACCAUUCGAGCAAAAGAUGCGAGCAAGUCCCAUAAAUCGAAUAGUUAUUUAGUGCAAUGUUCAAAGUUUUAUUUGAAUGAUGGUGUAAUAAGAUUAAAUAAAGCAACUCACUCUCAUUCAUACGAAGACGAAUCUCACACGAAAGAAAAUAAAAAAAAAAACUGCAAACACUUUAACAAACCUAACUGGCACUCAUCUAUCGAUAGAUAAAAAAUAAUAUCAAUUACUACUUAAUCGUAACAAAACCACAAACACUGUAUCGAAUCUACGGAUGUUGGAAAUAUUCAGCAACAUAAAACGAAUAAGACACAAGAAAUACCAAAAGUCACAAGAGCUGCACAGGCUCGAAGCACUGCCAAAUGUGAACCAGUGAAAACCAAUUGUAGCAAGACGAAGCGUAAAGAUCGAUCCACCUGGAAGAAAGUGUCAACGAAAAGGUGGAAGCGUGACAGGAGGAGGAGACAGAAGAGGAAAGUGAAAAAAAAUAUAUUUAAAAAUGAAAAAGGUGCGACUUAGACCAACUACUAGAACCAAAAACAAAACAAACAAAAACAUGUGAGAUUACACUGAAAUAUAGGCGAAUAAUACAAUGAAACAGAUAUUAA